AACUGGGUAAGGAGGGCAGCGGCGAGAAGUGAAAAGGCGUACAGAUGACAGCUGUCAACAGGGGACAAAAACACCCAAUAUCUCCGAGGAGAGGCCAAAUGGCCCUCUAGACGACAGAGGCAAAUUGGACUAAAUCUUGGGAAUAUUGGAGGCGUUUUUAAGUUGCAAAGGUAACAUGGGGACACCAGGUUCUGGUAGAAAGCGGGCCCCUCUCAAAGACCGCUUCUCAGCAGAGGAUGAGGCCUUGAGUAGCAUCGCCAGGGAGGCGGAGGCGAGGCUAGCGGCGAAGAGAGCAGCUCGGGCAGAGGCAAGGGAUAUCCGGAUGAGGGAACUUGAACGGCAGCAGAAAGAGCUCUCUUUCCACUCUUCCAGCAAUAGCAACCGGAAAUGGGGUCAGAUCCACCAAUGGAUGGCCGACUCUGAAAAGGCCAGAGCCUCCAGUCGUAGUAAAUCCAACAGCCAUCAUCGCCGGGGCCUGGAUGAUGAUGUCAUGUCAGUCCGCAGUUACAGGUCAACUGCUUCAUCAGUCCGGGAUGUGGGCUCUCAUAAGAGCCGGUCCAGCUCCCGUAAAAAAGAUCUAAUGUCUGAUGGCCUCUCCACUAGCUCCUCCCUGAAGAGUUCACGCUCCACUAGCUCUGUAUACAACGACCUGCAUGGCCAUAAGAAGGCCUCAUCAUCAAGCUCCUCCAGGAGGGACCUACUGGCUGGACUGUAUCAUGAUCAGAGGAACUAUACAAGCCUAUCGAAGACCAAGCCACCUCCUCCUCUUUCUACUUCCUCCUAUCAGCCACGGGUCACCACUUCCUCUUCUUCCACUGCUGGCACUGGGCUAUCGCGCAGCUACAGCAUGGCUUCUAUUUAUGACGACACUGGUCUUUAUGGGUCGGGCUACAGUUCAAGAGCUCCCUCUGAAUAUAGCUGGUACUCCUCUGGAGCCAGCUCUACACGUAGCAGCCCCGUGUCCUCCUCAGAUGAUGAUUCGGUCAGCACUGUGUCUCAGGACCGCUACAGCAGAGGGCGCAGGGACAGCGUGUCAUCAGACUUCUCAGACAUAAGUGAGUCGGCUGCUGACUAUUUCAGCCGCUCCAACCGCAGGGGCAGCAUCGUCUCUGACCUUGAUGAUCUGAGCAUUCCGGACCUGGACGCUCUGGAUGAGAAAUGCGACAAGCAGUAUUCAGACUACAGUCGGCCGUCCUCACGGUGUGCCACCCCGGGCCUCUCAGCUGCUACUCUGGCAUCCCUGGGGGGUACCUCCUCACGUCGGGGCAGCACAGAUACUGGUAGCAUCAUGGACCCUGACACCAGUCUGAGUGAACUUAGGGAUAUCUAUGAACUAAAGGACCAGAUUCAGGAUGUAGAGGGGCGAUACAUGCAGGGGCUUAAAGAGCUGAAGGAGUCUCUGUCUGAGGUGGAAGAAAAGUAUAAGAAAGCCAUGGUAUCGAAUGCACAGCUGGACAAUGACAAAGCCAACCUCAUCUACCAGGUAGACACGCUCAAGGACGUCAUAGAGGAGAUGGAGGAGCAAAUGUCUGAGAUGAGGAGAGAGGUGGAGGAGAAGUCAAAGGAACUUGAAAGGCAAAAGCACACGUGUACAGUCCUGCAGCACAAACAAGAGGAGUUGAAAGAAGGAAUCCGCCAGAGAGAUGAGCUCAUAGAGAAACACGGCCUGGUCAUCAUCCCAGAGGGCACACCAAACGGGGAUGUCAACCAUGAGCCUCUAUCAUCAGGGAUCACCGUGGUCUCCCAGGAGGCUGCCCAGGUGCUGGAGUCUGCAGGAGAUGGCCCGCUGGAUGUCAGGCUACGGAAGCUGGCUGAAGAGAAGGACGAGCUCUUGGCUCAGAUCAGGAAGUUGAAGAUGCAGCUGGAGGAUGAGAGACAGAAACAUUCAAAGAUAGACAUGGGGUACACAGAUGGAGAGAGGAUGGAAAACGGUACAGACCUCCACUUCAUUGAGAUGCAGAGAGAUGCCAACAGACAGAUGAGUGAAUACAAAUUCAAGCUCUCAAAGGCAGAACAGGAAAUGGGUACAAUGGAACAAAACAUUAAUAGACUUGAAGGGCAGGUGUCCAGGUACAAGGCAGCAGCAGACAACUCAGAGAAAAUAGAGGAUGAACUUAAAGCUGAAAAACGGAAACUUCAGAGAGAGUUACGCACAGCCUUGGAUAAGAUUGAAGAGAUGGAGAUGACCAACAACCAUCUGGUAAAGCGCCUUGAGAAGAUGAAGGCCAACCGUAAUGCCCUUCUGUCCCAGCAGUGAGGCAGUGCAGCAUCACCACAGAAGCCCUUAAACUCGCACCUCAGACCUUCGACUGCCAUAUUCUGUCUGGAGCACAUUUCCAUUUUUCAGCUGUAACACUUUAAAAAGAAUUGUAGCUAACCAAAAACACUUGGGAGAGAAAAAAAGAAGUCGUAGCACAGGUGAAAACUGAACUACAUUUUUAUAAACCGUAAACACCAGUUUUAUUUCAUAAGCCAGUGUCUUUGGAGGAAUCGCUCGGAAACGUACUUUAAAAAAAAUUGCUGGGAGAUAAAUCCGAGUGACUUCUUCUCUACUCACAACUUAAUUUUUUCAGAGUUUUCGUGUAAUUCACAAGCCUUUAUUUCUCUGGCAGGGUGCUUGGCUGUUCUGUUUUUUUGUUUUGUUAAAUUUUUUUUGAUAAGUUGCAUGAAUGAGUAUAAUGACGCUUUUAAACUGUUCAACCCUCACGGCUGCUCUGGCCCUGCACCUUUCAAGAACCCCUCACACAGUGAAGUGCCUUUUCACACCUGGAGAAUGAGGGUUGGUACCAUCCCAUGAAACAAUAAUCAUUUUAACAGGUACAAAAUAAUGUAUUUCAAAGGUGCAGUCAUUUUUUUGAAACUAUAUAGAAUCAAUUGUCUGCUGCGGUUUCAAUGAUUUUUUUUUUCAAAUAUUUAAGAUUUUCUUGAAAAUAAAUGUAAUUUCCAGUGUACAUACAAUGUGAACCAUUGAUGAUUUCAUGAUUCAGUCCCUCAUUUUUC